GGCAGGGAAAAAGUUUGCAGAGAGUUCCUCUGGCUCGCGUCGCUUUGCGUUCUGGAGGCGGCGCUGGGUGGCUGGCGGCGGCAUGGACGCCCUCAAGUCCGCCGGGCGAGCCAUCAUCCGAAGCCCCAGCAUAGCCAAACAGAACUGGGGCAGCGGCAGGCACAAGAAGCUUCCAGAAAACUGGACAGACACCAGGGAAACACUGCUGGAGGGCAUGCUCUUCAACCUGAAGUACCUAGGUAUGACGCUGGUUGAACAACCCAAAGGAGAAGACUUAUCAGCUGCUGCAGUCAAAAGAAUUGUUGCAACGGCAAAAGCCAGUGGGAAGAAACUCCAGAAGGUCACCUUGAAAGUGUCUCCCAGAGGGAUAAUCCUAAGUGACAGCAUAACGAAUGAGCCGAUUGAAAACAUCUCAAUAUACAGGAUAUCCUACUGCACGGCUGAUAAGGCACAUGACAAAGUGUUUGCCUACAUCGCCCAGAGUCAGCAGAAUGAGAACCUGGAGUGCCACGCCUUUCUCUGCACAAAACGGAAAAUGGCCCAAGCCGUCACCCUCACAGUCGCUCAGGCGUUCAAAGUGGCGUUUGAAUUCUGGCAGGCAUCCAAAGAAGACAAGGAGAAGAGGGAAAGAGCCAUGUUGGAAGGAGAAGGGGCCAGCAGCCCAAACUCAGAGCACUCUGCCUCCCCGAAAGGCUUGGUCACCACAGGGAACCUGCUAGACCUGGAGAACGUUGCUAAAACUCCUUUGACUGUGAACACAAAUUCUGUGCCUUCAGAUGACGGCAUCUUCCAGCCACCUUCAUUGAAAAACAACAACAUAGUGUGGGCAAUGGACGACGGACUGGAUGAAGCCUUUUCAAGGUUGGCUGAGUCUCGAACGAACCCUCACGUCCUUGACAUCGGCUUGACCGCUCAGGACAUCCAGACCACUGAAAUUCUCUCCCCCACCGACUGGAACAAAGUCGAUUCCACGACGGCCGAAAAAGACGACAACCUCUUUGGCUUCUGAUGACCUCUGUCUUUUUUCCUAAUGAGCUUUCGGGUUUAAAUAACCACUAAACAUAAGUGGACUUU